AAGUAACUAAAGUUGUCAAAUAAAUGUUGUGGAUUAAAAGGUAGACUCCGAUAUUUAACCCUGAAUUGUAUUUGAGUAGAAGUAUAAAGUAGACUACUAUAAAAUUGAAAUACUAAAGUAAAGUACAAGUACCUCAAAUUGUACAGAAAAGUACAGAACUUGAGUAAAUGUACUUCAUUACUUUCCACCACUGAUAUGAUGUGUGAUAAAGUUGAAUACUUUGACUCAAGUUUGAAACACUUGCAGUUAAUGUUUGACUCUGAAGAGGGGUUUUGUGCGUCGUUCUACACACAGACCAGUCAGCACAACUGUGUCACUGAGAACAAGCUGCAGACAACAGGCCACUCCUCCUUCAGAGAAAACGAAAGUGUCUGCCCAGUCGGAGUGGGAGAAAAUGGCUUCCAGUCGGGAGUUGUUCGACUGCUCCAUCUGUUUACAGUUACUGGAGGAUCCUGUGACGACGGCCUGUGGACACAGUUACUGUAUAAAAUGCAUCAAUGAAUUCUGGGAUGUACAUAAUGACAGAGGAAGCAGUAACAGCUGCCCUCAGUGCAGACAGACUUUCUCCCCGAGGCCUGCUCUGAAGAGGAACACACUCCUGGCUGCCCUGUUGGAGGAACACAGGAGGACAAACAGUGAAAAUGCUGCUGCUGCUGCUGCUGCUGCUGACACCUAUGCUGUGCCUGGUGAUGUGCAGUGUGACGCCUGCACAGGGAGAAAAAGAAAAGCUUGCAUGUUCUGUCUUGUGUGUUUGGCCUCUUACUGUGAGACUCAUCUGAAGCCUCACUUUGAGGUGCCACCAUUAAAAAAACACAAUCUUAUUAAAGCCUCUGAGUGGAUCAAAAACAGCAUCUGUAGCCGUCACAACAAACCCCCGGAGAUUUACUGCCGCACUGAUCAGCAGUGCAUCUGCCUGCUGUGUGCGAUGGAUGACCACAAAGGCCAUGACACCGUGGCAGCGGCAGCAGAAAAGGGUGAAAUGCAGGUCAUUCAGUUCAACCCUCUACUGAAGUUAUUUGUUGCCCGUUCUUUUUAUGUCACUGAGUUUCUAAAAAGAUUUUUGUUUCAACAGAGACAACUGGAGCAGACUAAACAGGAAAUUGCAGACAGAGUGCUGGAUUCAGAGAGGAACAUAGUGGAGCUGAGGCAGGCUGCAGACUCUAUGAGAGAUGCUGCAUGGGAAGUCUGUGAUGACUUGGAGCGACUGUGUGAUGAACGCAUCCGUAUAUUCGUCUCCUCUGUGGAGAGGAAGCGCUCUGAGAUGAGAGAGAGAGUUGGAGAAGCAGAGAAAGCUGGAGUGGACUGGACCAACAGUCGUCUCGGGAAACUGAAGCUUAAAGUGUCAGAGCUGAGGAGGAGAGAAGAUGAACUCGACCAGCUUUCACUAACGGACAACCCCAUUCAGUUUCUGCAGGUUUUCCAGGCCCUAGGUGUUCUCCCUGUGUUCACAGACUCACAUGAAAAACCUGACAUGCUGACAGAUUUUGUCACUGCACAGACAGAUAAACUGAAAGCUAUGUGCAACAAAGAAAAGAAAGAAGUAUUCAGCUAUUGUGAAGAAAAUCUGAUGUCAAAAGAGCCUAGGUUGCAUGAGAAAACAAUAUCAAGGAAAUACCUUUUAACCAAAUAUAAGGGCUCCACCGUGGAGAUGGAUCCCAACACAGUAGCUGCAUGUCUUUGCUUGUCUGACAGAAACAGAGAGAUAUCAUGGAGUGACAGGGACCAGGCUCACCCUGAUCACCCCGACAGAUUCACCUUCUAUCACCAGGCUCUGUGCAAAGAGAGCUUUGAGUGCAGCAGCUACUGGGAGGUGGAGUGGGAUGGUGGCAUUGUUGAUUUGGCCGUGUCUUACAAAGGCAUUAAAAGAAAGGGUUCAGGGAAAAGUUGCUGCUUUGGCCACAAUGAGCUCUCCUGGAAAUUAACCUGCUCUUCGUCCGGCUGCACGUUUUGGCACAAUAAUCUUCACAAGGGCCUGAUUCCUCCAGUUCUCUCCCACAGAGUGGGCAUUCAUCUUGAUUACGAAGCAAGAACACUGGAAUUCUACAGUGUUUCUGACUCUGGCAGUUUAACAAGGCUGCACCAGAUCCGGACCACCUUUAUUGAACCUCUUUAUCCUGGGUUUUCUGUUGAUUUAGGUUCAACACUGAAAAUAUGCAACAUCGAAGCUAGUCUAUAUUAAAACAUGUUAGCUGCAGGACCUCCUGCUAUUUAUGAUUCAGGGAUAGAAACUAGAAUAUAAUAAGCAUAUACAUUUUUGAGUUAUGGCCAAAAUGGCAUUUUCACCAAGACUUUGACCUGUGACCUUUUACCAACAUAAUCGUUAUCUUUCUGGAGUUUUUUGGUAUAUUUUGGCUUUUUUCUCUCACAGCACCUCUUUAAAGUUGCCUUAUGGAAAAGAUGAUUCCUCAGUCAGGUGUUGCUGAUAUAUAUAUUAUGAAAAGCGCUUGAAACGCGUAGGCUGUGUUUUGCGUUGUGUCAGGGUUCCAUGUUUUUGUUGUGUCGCUUGAUGUUGUAUGUUGGAUGACCUCAAUGGAAGUAAGCCAUUUAGGGUUUGCUAUGUUUUAAUCAUUGAUGAUUGUAAAUACUGCCUAUUCUGUAUUUUUCAUUAUUAAACAAAGCAAACAAAUCAA